UAGAAAUAUAGAUAAUGUCGUCCCUGGAGGAUAAACAAAUAGUGCGAACGAGUAAUUCGGAACCUACAACUCCAUUGCGAAGUACUACUGUGAAUCGCGAACAAAAUGGUUCUCAAAGUAAUCCAAAUCAUGUUACUAAAGACAUUCAUUUACCUCCUAAUGAAUUAACUGAGAUCACCAAAAGAUUAAGUCAACAAUUCCGAGAGUCUAUAGGUAUUAGUGGUAGUCAAAGAUCUCGAUCUCGUCAACCAACACCUACUAGAACCAAAUCAUCUAAUAGAGGAGUAUAUACUCCUACACGAUUGAAUGGUAGUAGAAGGACAAGUGAAUCAUUUAAACGUAGACGAUCUUCAAUAAUAACUAAAAGAGGUGAAGUAAUAUAUGGACCGGAAUAUGCUGGACCAAUAACUAUUGAUUACUUAAGAUUCUUCUGUAAAGUCGUAGUUCAACAAACUCAAGCAAAGCUGGAACCUCAACCAAUAUCAAUAAUAUCAACAGAAGAUAAUGAUCAGAUCAUUGAAACAACUCAAGUAAACCAUACCAUUAUUCCUCACGAUGAAUCAUCAACACCACCUAAAACUGAAUUUGAUCAAUCCCUUCCAUUACCAUCAUCAGUUGAAAAAGUCUUAAAGUCUCCAUUUCAAACUAGUAGUAUAAUACUGGAUGAGGUUAAUGAUUCAAACAGUAUAGAGAACAAUGAAAUAUUAACCUCACGACAAGACAUAGAUUCUGAUAAGGAAAACCAACAUUCUACAAGACCACUAUCAUAUUUGGAAAAGAUUUUAUUUGCCAAAAGAGCUAAGAAUAAGGCAAGAGUUUCAAGUUCUGCAUUUAAUUUUGAAAUAAACCAUAAGCAAGAUAUAGAUACUCCAGAAGAUCGAAGGUUUGUUAUAGAUAAUGAUUUUGAAGAACAAUCAGUAGCAUCACCUUUAAUUAAGAAGGGCGACUUAACACAUGAGGAAACCAAUAAAGAAAUAGAAUUUGAAAUUGCAUAUGAUGGAAUAGAAGAUCAAAUAGAUAAUUUUGAUGUACCAUUUGAACAAGAAGACCAAGAUCAAAUAAUAGAAAAUGAUGUAAGAGACGAGACACCCUUAGUAGUAGAAGAACCAACUAAUGACUUUAAUAUAUUACCUACACCAAUAGUUACACCAGAAAAUAUCAGACUCAACUUAGGUUAUUCUCCUGAAGCAUUAAUUCAAGAAGAAUUUACUGUCCAAGAUGAUAAUCCAGAAUUAUCUGAAUUACUUGAAAGAGAUCUAUCAUCUGAACCAGAGAUUGAUAUUGAACAUAAUAUUGAAUAUGAUGAAACUACAGGAGAUAAACAUGAACGUAUACGAAGUAUUUCAACUAGCAGAAUGAUGUCUACACAAUCAAGAGCAUCUCUACCAUUGAAAUCAGUUAAAAAUUUAGUUAAUUCAAUUAGAUUACAUUCUGUUAAUGAAAAUACUCAUAUUUCUAAAAAGAAACCAAGACUCGAUAAACCAUUGAGUUCAGAUAUCUAUCAAACCAUUCAAGAAAAAUCUGAUAUUUUUUUAUCUUCAUUACUAUCUGAUUUAGAAGCUUAUGCCAAUCAUAGAACAAAUGGAAAGUCUUCCCAAAUUAAAAUGAAGGAUGUAUUAUUAUACUUAAAUAGAAUAAAGUUUGCCGGACAAACUUCUUCAAGAGAUAAAGAAAUCAAUAAGAUUUCUCUGUUAGCUCAAAAUUAUCUUCCUCUUGAGUUAUUAUUACAAUUAGAUGACAGUUUAAAUGUUUCUAGUUCAAAAAUCAAUAGAGAUACAUUUAAUUCUGAAUCGGAACUGGAUGAAUCCAUUUAAUUUCUUU